CACCACUCCAACAAAAUUCUCCGCGCCACAAAACGAGACAAAAACAGAGAGAAUAGAGAGUGAGUGGUUCACUUCAGGGGUCUGGGCUGAGAUCUCCUCUUCUCUCUCCUCCGAAUUGCUUCAAGCAUUUUCCAGGGUUAGGGUUUGGCUUUUUUACUCAAAGCAAUGGAGGCGGAUGAGAGUUAUCGAAGGAAGGAGCGCACAGCGCUAGUUGCAAUCGUGGUUCUGGCGUCUGUCGCCCUGGCGUCGUUGCUUGUCGCCUUCAGCUACUACUGCUACAUCCGUAACAAGGUCUCCAGGCGCUUAAAGAACCAGAAAAGGAUUGAUUAUGAGGAUAAAGGUGGUUUUGCAAAUCUCCAAGUUGCUACAGAGAAAGGGCUUCAGGUUUUCACUUUCAAGCAGCUACAUUCUGCGACUGGUGGUUUUGGCAAAUCUAAUGUGGUUGGUCAUGGUGGGUUUGGGUUGGUCUAUCGAGGAGUGCUUCAUGAUGGUAGGAAAGUCGCUGUUAAGCUGAUGGAUCGGGCAGGAAAACAGGGAGAAGAGGAGUUCAAAGUGGAGGUGGAGUUACUAAGUCGGCUUCGAUCUCCAUAUUUGCUGGCACUGCUUGGGUACUGUUCAGAUAGUAACCAUAAAUUGCUGGUUUAUGAGUUCAUGGCAAAUGGUGGACUGCAGGAGCAUUUGUAUCCCAUCUCGGGUUCUAAUUCUGUUUCUUCAAGGUUGGACUGGGAAACCCGGUUGAGGAUAGCCCUGGAUGCUGCCAAAGGUUUGGAGUAUCUCCAUGAACAUGUCAGUCCCCCAGUGAUCCACCGAGAUUUUAAGAGCAGCAACAUACUCUUAGACAAAAAUUUCCAUGCUAAAGUUUCUGACUUUGGAUUGGCUAAACUUGGAUCUGAUAAAGCUGGUGGACAUGUUUCCACCCGAGUGUUGGGCACCCAGGGAUAUGUUGCUCCUGAGUAUGCAUUAACUGGCCAUCUGACAACAAAAUCAGAUGUGUACAGCUAUGGGGUUGUCCUUUUGGAGUUGCUCACUGGCAGAGUUCCAGUGGAUAUGAAGAGAGCUUCUGGGGAAGGUGUUCUUGUAUCUUGGGCUUUGCCCCACCUCACAGAUAGAGAGAAGGUUGUACAGAUAAUGGAUCCAGCACUGGAGGGUCAAUACUCCAUGAAAGAGGUUAUUCAGGUGGCUGCUAUAGCUACAAUGUGUGUGCAACCAGAGGCAGAUUAUAGGCCAUUGAUGGCUGAUGUUGUACAGUCACUGGUCCCACUGGUGAAGAAUCACAGGCCAACUUCAAAGGUAGGCAGCUGCUCUAGUUUCCAUGCAACCAAGUCUCCCCUUUCACAGGAGCCUGGAAAAGCAAGUUUGUGAAAUAAUUGAAGCAAAUUAUAAAUAUCUCUAUGUUCUUCCUCAGCUAAUUUAAGGACCUAAAAUUUCUGCUAGCUUGUUUUCCAGGGCUUUUGUUGUCCUUACUCAUCUGUCUGGGGAAGAAAAUAGGUUGUAGUAUAGGUCUCUGUUUGGAGAAGAAUCUCUAUUUUGUCAGAAAUGUAUGUGCUGGGAAAUUGAAUUUUGUUGACCUGCAUUGAUGCUUUAAAUCAUUCCAUUCUGAAAAUAUUUGAAUUCUAAAUGUACUGGAAUGAUAUGUAUUAGAAACAUCUUAGAAAUAACUGUUGUAUACAUUAUUUUCAGACAACAAUUAAUAUAGGGACAUUGAUUCUUCUCCAA